GCUUUUAGGAGGGAGAUCUUUCGUUCUGUGAAUUUUCCCCUACAUAGGUUGUGGGUGGGUCAUUGUGGAUUAGGGAGUAGUAUGGCACUCAUAAGAAAACACAAGGAUGGGAAAUGUGAGGGAUGUGGAGAGGUAGAGACAGUGCCGCAUGUAUUGCUGCACUGUAAGCUGUAUGAAGAGGAGAGGAGGGCCUUAAUUAAGUGGGCAGCUGAAAAAAAUUAAUAGAUAAAUGCUGUUACCAUCCAGCAUUUAUAUGAAAACUGAUAUUGACUAGGCACCAUCAUAAUAAUUUUUAAUGGAUGCCAUCUCAUCUAGGCCUUACACCUCUGUGUUUGAUUUGACAUCAAAUAUGAAUGGGUUGCUAUGGCCGCUUGUCCUCCAACACGUCGUCGUCAAGGAAAUUGUCACGUGAUUAAGAACGAGCCAUAGGAGCAGAGCUCCUCCAAACCGGUUGGAGGCAGCAAUGCGUAGACCGCUCGGUUUAUAAAACUAACAGAAGAAGAAGACAUAUGGUCGGACCAUUUCCCCCCUACGGUUUACGAUCGGACCACAGUAGCAGUUACUCGUCGGAGGCAUGGACGUUACUAGAGGAAUUCUGAGAAACGUCAACAUAAUUUAGCUACUUUUGGUUAGGUAGAGGAGAGUGCGCCGUCAUGGUCAAAAAGGAUAGGGGAGACCGGGAGAAGAAGAAGUCGAAGAAACGGCCCUACGAGGAUGAAGAAGACGACGAAGAGCCAGUGGGCAGUGAGCCUCAGGAGGCUAUACCGGCAGCUGCAGGGAAGCAAGUGGAUGAAUCCACAACUAAAACGGAUGAGUAUGGGGCGAAGGACUAUCGCUUACAGAUGCUCCUAAAAAAUGAUCACACCUCCCGCCCUCUUUGGGUGGCUCCAGAUGGCCACAUCUUCCUGGAGGCCUUUUCGCCCGUGUACAAGUAUGCGCAGGAUUUCCUGGUGGCCAUCGCUGAGCCCGUGUGCCGCCCGACGCACGUCCACGAGUACAAGCUUACCGCCUACUCUCUGUACGCGGCGGUCAGCGUCGGCCUGCAAACCUCUGACAUCAUAGAGUACCUGCAGAAACUCAGCAAGACCUCUGUACCCGAAGGCAUUGUGCAGUUCAUCAAGCUCUGCACAGUAAGUUAUGGCAAGGUGAAACUUGUGCUGAAGCACAACAGGUACUUUGUGGAGAGCACCUUUCCUGAGGUGAUCCAGCGGCUUCUGCAGGACACUGUGAUUCGAGACUGUCGCCUUCGCACCACGGAGGGGGGUGACACCGAACUCAUCACAGAAGUCAUCUCCAGCAAGCCAGCGAUUUCUAAGACGGUGCAGGACAACGGGGGCCCCUCCACAUCACAGGGCGCAGACGGGCAGCGCUCGGGGACUGAUGUCCCUGAGGACAUCUGCAGCUACUAUGAGCAGAUGGACAAAGAGGAGGAGGAGGAAGAGGAAAUGCAGACGGUGUCCUUUGAGAUCAGACAGGAGAUGAUCGAGGAGCUGCAGAAACGCUGCAUCCAGUUGGAGUACCCCCUGCUGGCUGAGUACGACUUCCGCAAUGACACGGUGAACCCCGACAUAAACAUGGACCUGAAGCCCACCGCCGUGCUGCGGCCCUAUCAGGAGAAGAGCCUGCGCAAGAUGUUCGGCAACGGCCGAGCCCGCUCCGGGGUGAUAGUGCUUCCCUGCGGGGCUGGUAAGUCUCUGGUGGGUGUCACAGCAGCCUGUACGGUGAGGAAGCGCUGCCUGGUUCUGGGGAACUCCUCCGUCUCUGUGGAACAGUGGAAGGCCCAGUUUAAGAUGUGGUCCACCAUCGACGACAGCCAAAUAUGCCGCUUCACGUCCGAUGCCAAGGACAAGCCCAUCGGCUGCUCGGUGGCCAUCAGCACCUACUCCAUGCUGGGCCACACCACCAAGCGCUCCUGGGAGGCCGAGCGCGUCAUGGAGUGGAUGCGCAGCCAGGAGUGGGGUCUCAUUAUCCUGGACGAAGUGCACACCAUCCCCGCGCGGAUGUUUCGGCGGGUGCUGACAAUCGUCCAAGCCCACUGCAAACUGGGCCUGACGGCCACCCUGGUGCGAGAGGACGACAAAAUCGUGGACCUGAACUUCCUGAUCGGGCCCAAGCUUUAUGAAGCCAACUGGAUGGAGCUGCAGAACAAUGGCUACAUCGCCAAAGUUCAGUGUGCCGAGGUGUGGUGCCCGAUGUCCCCAGAGUUCUAUCGGGAGUACGUGGCAAUCAAGUCAAAAAAGCGCAUCCUGCUGUACACAAUGAACCCCAACAAGUUCCGUGCCUGCCAGUUCCUCAUUCGCUUCCACGAGAGGCGCAACGACAAAAUCAUCGUCUUUGCCGACAACGUCUUUGCACUUAAAGAGUAUGCCAUUCGUCUCAACAAGCCCUACAUCUAUGGUCCCACCUCCCAGGGUGAGCGAAUGCAGAUCCUGCAGAACUUCAAGCACAACCCCAAGAUCAACACCAUCUUUAUCUCGAAGGUGGGAGACACUUCCUUCGAUCUGCCAGAGGCGAACGUGUUGAUCCAGAUCUCCUCCCACGGCGGCUCCCGAAGGCAGGAGGCCCAGAGGCUGGGCAGAGUGCUCCGUGCCAAGAAAGGAAUGGUUGCGGAGGAGUACAACGCCUACUUCUACUCCUUGGUCUCCCAGGACACCCAGGAGAUGGCCUACUCCACCAAGAGGCAAAGGUUUCUGGUGGACCAGGGCUACAGCUUCAAAGUGAUCACUAAGCUGGCAGGUAUGGAGGAGGAGGACCUGAUGUUCACUGCCAGGGAGGAGCAGCAGCAGCUUCUGCAGAAGGUUCUGGCAGCCUCAGACCUGGAUGCAGAGGAGGAGGUGGUGAUGGGUGAGAUGGGCAGCGGCAGACAGCAGUUCUCCCGUCGCAUGGGCACCAUGAGUUCCAUGUCAGGAGCCGACGACACGGUCUACAUGGAGUAUCAAACCGCGCGCGGCAGCAGGGGCUCCAGUGCCGCCAAAAACAUCCACCCGCUCUUCAAGCGCUUCCGUAAAUAGGUCUCCCUGGAAGACCGCUAGCCUACACACUGAAUAGAACCCCCUCUGAGUGUUGUGUGGAACGGAGAGCACCAGCUAAACGCCUCUUCUGGGAACUCAGGGUUACAGCCUCGAGGAGUGGAGGAGGAAAGAGGGAACCGUUAGAGGAGGAGCGGAGAAAACCGAAAAGAGGAUGCUGUGCUGACUGCAGCAAAGGGAGGCCCAUGUGGAACAGGCCCUGUGUCUCUGUACGUCUCAGGUGAAUUCUCCAGGAGAACUAAAACCUUUAUUUGUUGCUUUUUGAUACAUAACCGUUUUUUUGUUGGAGACGUUAGCUUUUAUUAAGGUCUUGUGACCAAGAAUUUCCCAUUCCCACUUUAAAUUAUGCUGCUUCAUAUUUUUCAGUUUGUUACUUUCUAAAUGUCCAAUGUACUGUAUUGACAAUGUAAUAUAAAGUUCCAUGUUGAUGUA